AUGGCAGACAAGCUCUACAUCGAUGAGACUCCCAACGAGGUCAAAAAUGCAAAGGGCCUCCACCUGAUCACGCAAUCGACGCCCAACGGGCAAAAAGUGCAGAUCCUGCUCGAAGAGCUCGCCCUCGUCUACGGCACCGAAUGGACCACCACCGUCAUCAACAUCGGCACGAACGAGCAAAAGAAAGAAUGGUUCCUGCGCCUCAACCCCAACGGCCGCAUCCCCGUCAUCAUCGAUAACACGCAAUCGCCGCCCUUCCCCGUCAUGGAGACCUCGGCCGAGCUGUUGUAUCUGCUCAAGUUUGCCGAUAAGGACGACACGUUUGGCUUCAAGGACGAGCUGGAGCGGAACCAGUGCUUGCAGUGGUUGUUCUUCUGGCAUGGAAGUGGAGCGCCGUAUCUGGGCCAGUUCAAUCAUUUUCUCCAGUAUGCGCCGGAGAAGAUUGAAUAUGCAACCAACCGAUACCGCAACGAAACCCUCCGCGUCUUCGGCGUGCUUGAGAUCCAUCUCUCAGGCAAAUACACCGGCGAGCCACGUGAAUACCUUGCCGGAAACGGAAAGGGCAAGUACUCUGUCGCUGAUAUCGGGACUUGGCCCUGGGUCAAGGGGUGGGAGAGGAUUGGCUUCACCAAAGAUGACAUGAGCCAGUUCCCGCAUCUGUUGAAGUGGGUGGAUCGAAUUGCCGAGAGGCCGGCGGUCAAGACGGGAUGCGGCGAGAAAUAUAACCUGAAGUGA